AUGUCUGACCUAUAUCAAUUGCUAUCCGAUGUCAACGUCCAAGCUCGAUCAAGGUUAUCGAUAGAUUCUUUUUCUGUGCCCGUGGAUUACGCCGAACCAGAUGGUCCGCACAUACGAAUAUUUUUACGCAAUCUUAUUCCUUUGGAUGAAGCCAAAGGAUCUGGCAUAGACGCUGCAGAGUCGGAUUUGCCUUAUCUCUUGUAUCUGCAAGGUGGUCCAGGAUUCGGUGUCGAUCUAUCUUUCAGCGUAGACUUGGGGAAUGCGGUAUCGUCGUUCUGUCCUCAUUCACGAGAGGGUUUGCAAGACUUAACGAUCUACUAUGAGCAAGCUUCACAAGAAAAAACCCUUUGGCUUGAUCCUCGUGGGACUGGCCUGAGCACGCCAAUAACGGCAGACAUCUUCCAGACGAAACAGAUGGACGACGAGGCCAUUGCCAAGUAUCUCAAACACUUCCGUGCAGAUAAUAUUGUCAGAGACUGUGAGACCAUUCGACACUUUCUCCUCGAUGGCAAGAAAGAUCCUGAAGCACGUAAAUGGACAAUACUCGGACAAAGUUUCGGAGGCUUCUGUGCCGCAACCUACCUUUCAUUUCACAGCGAUGGCCUAAAGGAGGUCUUCAUCGCUGGUGGCAUCCCACCCAUGGUCGACUCUCCCGACCCAGUUUACGAGGCCCUCGUUGUGAAGGUGGAAGAACGAAACAGGGUUUACUAUGCGAAGUAUCCUCAAGAUGUUCGAAAUGUCCGUCGGAUCUUAGGUUUCCUAGAGGGCAACAACGUAGUCAUUCCGAACGGCGGGAAUCUGACGGUCUCGCGGUGGCUACAACUCGGCCUGCAGUUUGGAUCGCAUGGUGGCAUCGAUCGGGUUCAUCAGCUCGUGUUCCGAGCGAUCACAGACUUGGACACGUUUGGGAAGCUCUCAUAUGGGCUUAUCGACAGUAUACAGAAAACACAGAGCUUUGACACCAACCCGAUUUACGCAGUGCUUCACGAGCCUAUCUACUGCCAAGGGCGGAGGGCAGGCUGGUCUGCACAGCGCGUCAUCCAGAAGAACGACAGGUUUGUGUGGGAAAAAGUGAGGCUCAUGUCCGAUGACGUCCCCAUUUACUUCACGGGGGAGAUGAUAUUCCCCGACAUGUUCGAGGACUAUCAUCAUCUACGUCCCCUGCGAGGCGCGGCUGAACUGUUGGCUUAUGAUGAAGAUUGGCCGAUGUUGUACGACAAAGAGGCCCUGAAAAAGAACCAAGUAAAAGUAAACGCUGCAACCUAUUAUGACGACAUGUAUGUCGAUUUCGGUCUCGUGCAACAGGCAGCGUCUGUCAUCGGCAACGUGGAACAACUCAUCACUAAUCAGAGUUUCCAUGACGGUAUACGCAAGCACAUGGAAAGCAUUUUAACGACCCUUUUCGAGCUGUCUAAACGGGAGCGCGAUUAG